UCAUUCAUACGCUGUACAACACACACUGUCUCUGAAACUUCAAGAAUUUAGGGUUCACUAAGGUAAACAAGAUUCCUGAAUCCCCAAAUCGUUUCUCAGUUGCCUCCACCAAGUUUUAAACUUUAAAGUUUGUAUUUGAAGAAAGCACAGGAACUGUUUUGGAGUGUUUAAUGGAUCGUCUACGCCUAAGGCAGAGACAGAGACAAAGAGCAGCCUUCUCUGGGUUUACAAAACCCGAGAUCAAGAAGAUGGAGAAAUUUUUAAUGAAAUCAAGAGAGCUACUGCUGAGUAAGGAAUUCUGUAAAAAAAUGGCUAGAAAUUUCAGUUCAUCUGCCGGUCGUGCUGGCAAACCUAUUAUUAAAUGGACCGAGGUACAAAGCUGGUUCUUAGCUAGGCUGCAAGAAAGCGCAUCUAAAGUUCCUUCCUUGACUGAUACCUCCAAAACUGAGUCCAGAAUCUCUGAAACUUGCCCUUUAGAUGAUGGGCCUCAAAUUCCUCAGAUUCUCAAAGUGGUUUCGAAAAUGGGAGAAAAGAUCCCUGAUCUAUCGGGACUAGAGUUCGAGGCACGGUCAUCUAAAGAUGGAGCAUGGUAUGAUGUCGAUACGUUUCUCACACAACGACAUCCCGGUUCUGGUGAACCUGAAGUUCUUGUUAGAUUUGUUGGAUUUGGGGCUGAUGAGGAUGAAUGGGUUAAUGUAAAAAAGGCAGUGCGACUUCGAUCCAUCCCAUUUCAACAUUCUGAAUGUAAUAAGGUGAUGGUCGGAGAUCUUGUAUUAUGCUUGCAGGAGAAAAGGGACCAAUUAAUCUACUAUGAUGUUCACGUCAAUGAGGUCGAAAGGAAAACGCAUGACAUAAGAGGUUGCAGGUGUAUCUUUUUAAUCCGAUACGACCAUGACGGCUCUGAGGAGAGAGUUCGAUUGAGAAGACUAUUUUAUAUUCGAGGCCAAGAAAUCUGAGAGUUUUCGUGAUACUUCUGAAUCUUUGCUCAUCUCCCAAUCACAUUUUCGCAUUGUCAUCUGUGUGAGUUCAUUUAUUGUGGUUUUCUGAACAAGAGAAUUACAAGUAUGUAAAUCUAUAGCUUAUUUGCAUCUUGGAACUAUAUUUGUUUCGAGGCAUGAGGGAUAGUUUCAAUGUGUGUUAGGGUUCAUUUCGGGCAUCUCUUGUUGUCCACGUUGUACCUCCCUUGGUCUUCAAGCUUUUGUGAUGUUUAGGGCUUAGCUGGUUUUGGUUCUGUAAAAGAAUUUUAGUUUGAAUUAGGUUUCUUAUAACCUUUUUUUAGUAAAGAUUGAUGUUUAGGGUU